AUGUUCUACUACCUGUGCAAGGUCGUCUGCACCACCUCCUCAAUCCUCUAUCCCCUCUUCGCAUCGUACAAGGCCCUCCGCCCUCCGCAAUCCGUCGGCCGGUCGCAGCAGGAACAACACGAGCAGAUGGAGAGGUGGCUCAUGUUUUGGUGCGUCAUGGCGGGCGUGUGGGUGUGGGAGGACUGGGCUGAGUGGAGCGUGAGAUGGUUCCCGUUCUAUCACGAGGUCAAGACGCUCGCGAUCCUCUGGCUCGUGCUCCCUCAAGUCCAGGGUGCCAGCUACAUCUACAUCAACUACCUCUCGCCCUUCCUGACCGCCCACGAAGCCGACAUCGACGCCGCCCUCUCCGACGCCCGCUCUUCCGCCACCCGCAUGGGCCUCAACUACCUCCAGCUCGCUCUCCGCAAACUCCGCGCCGCCAACGCACCUGGCGCUCGGGCGAGGGAGGCGAAGGACCGCGGUGCCGAAGCGCAGGGCUUUGUCGACGAGGUCGGAGCAGCAAGCGGGACGCGUGCGGCUGGUUCAGGCGGAGAACAGCGUCGUCGUGCGCCGAGGACCCGCCGCGAAGAACUUGAAGCAGAACUCGCGUCGCUCAGCGGCAACAGCAGCGACGAGAACGGCAGCGACUACCACCCUCGCCCGUCGUCCUCCUCGUCCGCCUCGUCCUGGUCUCACCCUGCCGCGCUCUCGCCUGCUUCGCCUGCCGGACGUCCAGACCCUGUCGCUCAACGCGUCGCGAACGAGGCGUCGCUCCUCAGUGCAAGCUCGUCGUUUGAGGAGAUCCGCAAGGAGGAAGUGGGCGAGUAUGGCGCUGCGACGCGCCCGGCUGGUCACAGGAAGAGCGGCAGCUGGUUCGGCUGGGGUGGCGAGGGUGCUACCGCCGCUCAGAAGGACAAGAGCGCUUGA